AGUAUAGAUAAAAAGCGAAUCUAUGCACAAGACGAUCAUCGAUUCGCAUUCAACACGCAUAUAUAAAGAGAGUUUCGCAAAAAAUUGAAUCAUAUCAAGUUGUCACUGAAAGUUGAAGAGAUGAGAGUACUCAAUGGAAAGCAAAUGGUUGUGAAGGUGACGGAUCCUUCUGAGCUGCUGAGGCCUGAGCCGGCAUUCGCACAAAAGCCUGUUGCUCAGUUCAGGGAUUAUAGCAUCGAUGAGAAUGAUCCGAUUAAGGAGAGGGUGCGAAGGACUUAUUACGAAAUGCACACAAAUCAAACCGUUGAUUUUGUUAAAGCGAAAAUGAGCAAGUGGUUGACGUUCGACCAUUUCAAGUCCAAUAUCCGCGACGCUCUGGAAAAGCUCAAUGAGCUCGUCGACGAGAGUGACCCGGACGUCGACAUCCCCAAUAUCGUUCACGCCUUCCAAACGGCAGAAAGAAUCCGUCACGACUAUCCGGACAUGGAUUGGUUCCACUUAACGGGUCUCCUACACGACCUCGGCAAAGUGAUGGCUUUCUUCGAAGAGCCGCAAUGGUGCGUCGUUGGUGAUACUUUCGUUGUCGGAUGCAAUUGGUCCGAGAGCAUCGUCUACAGAGACACCUCCUUCGUGGACAACCCUGAUGGCAAGAAUCCCAAAUACAACACUAAGUACGGAAUGUACGAACCCAACUGCGGUUUGGAUAAACUCACGCUUUCUUGGGGCCACGACGAGUACCUUUACAGAGUUCUGAAACAUAAUAAGUCGACUUUACCGAAGGAAGCCCUCUACAUGAUUAGAUACCAUAGCUUCUACCCUUGGCAUGCCGGCGGUGAUUACACUCAUCUAACCAAUGAAAACGAUGAGCAAAUGAAGAAAUGGGUCCUCCUCUUCAACCAAUACGACCUCUAUACCAAGAGCCUCGAAAUUCCCGACAUCGAAAAACUCUGGCCGUACUAUCAAGGACUCAUCGAGAAAUACAUUCCAGGUGUUUUGGAAUGGUAAAUUUCAAAUCAGCGCUUUAAAACCGUACAGCUGCUGCCACCUGCUAACAAGUUAGCACAUCAUCAGAAAGUUACCUACAAACAUAUUCAAAUUAUAAUAGACAUAUUUUUAAAGAAAUUAAUCUUUCUGAUAAUUUAAGCUUAAAUAUUAAAUAUACUCAAAUAUCAAAUUGGAAACUCAAAUAAGUCAAUAAGAUUAAGAAAAUUUCCUAGUUUUCAAUAAUAAUUCUCGCUAAG